AGAAGAAUACAACCUAGAAUUUAUCAUAAUAAGUCUCGUACAGGAAGCUCUCGAACUGAAUAUAUCGUACAGGUGCAAUCACUCGCAGCAAAAUGUUUCGUUAUUCUCAUUUUGAGAAAAUAUUCCAAAGUGGACUGCAUGUAAACCGUUCAUUCCCAAAACCUUUAUCUGCUGUUAGGUGGAUGGCCACUAUCACUACGGGUGUCAACCAGUAUGAUAAUCCUCAGCUUGCUGCAGCUAAGCCAUUUGAGGAAAUUCCUUGCCUACCUAGUCUGCCUAUAAUAGGAAGUGCUUGGAUAUAUAUGCCUCUCAUUGGUCGUUACAAACUUUCACGACAACACCUAGCAGACCGUCAUAAACAUGCUGUAUACGGUGAUAUCGUACGUGAGAAAAUUGGAUCCUUUAAUGUUGUGCACACCUUCGUACCAGAGGUUAUGGAGAUAUUAUGUAAACAUGAAGGACAGUAUCCUUCAAGGGGUGAAUUAUCCACUAUCAAAGCAUACAGGGAAUAUAGAAAAGAAUGGUACAAAUCAGGAGGAGUUAUGGUUCUGCAAGGCAAAGAAUGGUGGGAUCUAAGAUCAAAAACUCAGAAACACAUGAUGAAACCAAAAACCAUACAAUCCUACCUGUUUCCCAUGCAAGACGUUGCCAGUGAUUUUGUAAAACGAAUGUAUAGUCUGAGAGACAGCAAUAAAGAAGUGCCACAUUUUCUUGAGGAGUUAUACAAAUGGGCAUUAGAAUCUGUUGCAUUUGUUGGACUAGAUACAAGGUUAGGAUGUCUUAACAGCAAUUUACCCGAAGAUUCAGAUGGAAUGAAAAUGAUAGAUUCCGUACAAACACAGUUUUACUGCAUGAAUAGAUUAGAGGCUUUUACAGGGAACAUUCAGUUCUGGAAAUAUUUUCCUACUCCUACUUGGAAGAAAUUCGUAAAAGCUUCAGAUGUUUUUACGGAAAUUGCUUUCAAAUAUAUAAAUCAGGCGCUAGAGAGGUUGAAGGAAGACUCAUUAGAGGAUAAGGAACUUACAAUGCUCCAAUCUAUGCUUUUGACUAAAGGUCUUGAUGUAUCAGGAACCAUGGUAACCGCUGCUGAUAUGCUGAUGGCAGGGAUAGAUACG